AUGGGCGACGCUGUCGGAUUGGUGGAUGCGCGACGUGCAUGUGCGAUGUGGACGCCCAAGAUUACGAACCACAUUAUCACGCUCGAGCACGCAGACUCACACACUACACACUACCUGACGCAGCUCGUGCAGCUCUCCAGUCCGCAAGUGAGCCUGUUCGUACACUGCAGCCCAAUCUCCUCCACCACCUCGGCCCACUUACUCUCACAUACCUCUGCAUCACCCCAAGAUGCAUCUCGAGCCCCCACAUCCGCGCUUCCCAUCCCGCAAUCUACCCUCUUGCACUCACCAGCCCUCGCUACAGACUUCGCCCUCACCAUCUCCCAUCCUUCCUCACCCCACUCCCCUCUCUCAUCUUCCAUCCUUGCCUCCACCACCGCCGCUUCAACCUCAAGCCUCGCCGCUUCAAUUGCCAAACGCAUCGCCACUACACUCUCCAUCCCCCAUCUCUUACUCUCGCUCGACUUACCAACACAACUCGUCCCCUCACCAGGCUCCAUUGCCUCCCCACAAGACUCUAUCGCCCUCCUAGCCCUUGAAAAGGCAAUACGCGACGCAUGCUCUCUCACACUUUCUCAAUCUGCAAACACUCUGUAA